AUGAAAGUCGCAAAUUCUGCCCUCCUUCUGGGUGCGGUAUUUGCCAUCUGUGAAGGCGGUAUCUUGCCCAUCAGACAAGCGCCAUGCUCUCCCGUGACCCUCUGGAACUACAUGACGGUCACUCAAACUGUUAUUCCUCCAACGGUCACGAUCCUUCAGCAAGAUCCCAAUUCGAUUGCCAGCUCCGCCGCGAGCGUGGACACUGCGCAAGUCAGCAUCGAGAGUAUCGAGAAUCCUGUUUCCGCUCAACCGUACCCUGAAACCACCACCUUCAUUCACUCAAUCUACGUCUCUGGCUAUGAAGCCACUGAAGUUCCCAACCCCGGUGCAUCCGUUUUCUACCUGUCCAAGGGUCCUGGCAACACGAAUCCGACCUAUACGCCGUCAGCGUCGAUAUUUGCGGAGGUCACCACUGUCACUGUCAAACCUGUUCCUGCCGUCACAUCGGCUCAACAGCAAGCUCAGUACAAUACCACCAACGGUACCUUUAACCCCUCCUUCUCCAGUCCAUCUGCUGGUUGGAAUGGCACUUUGAGUGGCUCAUCUACUGUUGGUGUUACAGCUAGUUCUGCCGUCUCUUACGGACCGCCCCAGCCCACUCAGCCUGUGUACACAGCCACAGUCACGGCAGUUGCCACCGUCUUCGCAACGACCGUCGUCUCCGUGACCGCAUCGGACGGCUAUGAUGCAAGCUCGCCCUCCAAUGAAGCCCUUGAUAAGAGACAGACGUGUGUGUGGAUUUCUGCCACGAUCGGUGGGCAAGAGGUUGGAUGGUGCAACAAUUGGGCCGGAGGGUCAACAUUGACUUUCACUUCAUGGGAAACAACCACAACUCCUUCUUACAUCCCAGGUAUUGGUCCCAUCACCAAGCCAGGCACCACCUCGACCGAUUCUGCCGGAGGAUCCGUCACGAUCCAGACGUCCACCAACUGGGCCAGCACCCCACCACCGGCCGCGACACCCAGCGCUUGUGGCCAAACCGGUCCUUUCCAGAUUGGAUUUGACGACCUGCCCGUCUUCUCUACAACGGACAACAAUACCGCAGACUUUCCGCCUAUUUUCAAUCCCUAUGAGCACUUCUUCUGGGGCAACGGAUGGACCUAUGUCCCCCCACCGACAGAGCCUUUCCCUCCACAGUCAGGUAACCGACUGGCUCAGUUUAUCCCGUCGCUCAACAACACGGUCGACGGUUCUCCGGAUGCCGGUUCCAUUCCUCCCAGUUCGUUCGGCGCCGGGCCCCGCAAUUAUGACAACAACUACUGGUUCAGCGCCAGCUCUGCCUAUGUUGGAUGCGACAAUGGGUCCAGGAACUUGAGCCAGAUCUGUGACUUUGUUGCCACCGCCUAUCAGUGGGAUAAUAUCACGCAGACGGAGGUGGUGGUAGCAACACAGCAUUUCCGCAUCCCCCCGUGUCCCGAUUUCACCAAGUGCCAACUCACGGAAAUUGAUUUCAACUACCUCUUCUACAAGAUGUCGACGCUGAGCUUCUACGCCAACGUUCAAGGUCAGGUUAGUCAGUUCUGGAUUGACAGCAUCGACAUGAAUUGGUACAACAACACCUGUGCCGCUGGACUGGCUCGUUUGCAGUCACGGAAGUAUGGCAGCGACAAACGUGGUCCGCAGAUCUUCUUCCUUCCUUUGCUUCCUCAUCAUCCGGAAAGGGGCAUGUCCAGCACAUAUGACCAGCCGGACUCUCUCAACGGCCACUCCGGCCUCCUCCUCGCCGUCUUCUGCGUCGUGUCCGUCCUGGUUAUCUGGCCGGUCAAGAUUGCAUUGCCGGCGUCCCUUCAACGGCUUCUCCUCUCAACACUCCUGACCACGAGAGUCAUCGGGCGCCGUGACUUUGAAGCCCUAUCCAACCGUCGGCUGCAUAUCCACCUGUCUCUCACGACAGCCCCCGUCCUCGCCGUCAUUCUGCUCCUCGCGACAACGACGCUACAUGGCUCCACCAUUCGCCUGGGUAUCGUCGGGGACGAGACCGUCAAACCCUACGACGUCCUUGUCCUCUUUAUCUCGCUCGCCUACAUCUCAAUCGCCCUGGACGGUACCGGUGCCCUCGAGGCCACCGCGUUCUAUGUGUCCAAACGUGGUGGCAGCUCCGGCCGCUUGCUUUUCACGUACCUGUACGCCUUCUUUCUGCUCACCGCAUGUAUCGUGGGCAACGACCCGCUCAUCCUCUCUGGGACACCGUUUCUGGCAUACCUGAGCCAGCAUACCGAUCUUGACCCGACGGCCUGGGUGUUUGCCGAGUUCAUGGCGGCAAAUACUGCCUCCGCCGUGCUGGUGAGCAGCAAUCCGACCAACAUUCUCAUCACCGGCAGUUUUGGGCUCAACUACUUGACCGACUUUACCAAGUGGACGGUUCUUCCCUCGCUGAUCCCGGCGGUCUUGAACUAUCCGAUUCUUUUGGGCAUGUUCUGGCAGCAGAUCCCGAAGACGCUGACUCCGUUGACGGACGACCCGUGGAGCAAACUCCGUGACCGCGCCGGGGCUUUCUUUCUGAGUGCGUUGAUGCUGGUCACAGUGUCAGUGCUGGUCGGGACGAGCUUCGUGCCGGGCCAUGCGGUGCAGGUCUGGAUGGUGACCGCGCCAGCUGGUGUCUCUGCUUUCCUGUUCAAUGUGGUCCAUGACUGGUUCCAUCCGGAGAUUGGUCGAGAAAUCGUUCGGCAACAGUCACGAGAUUCGGCGGCGGAAAUGUCAGAGAUUGAUCACCGGCGGUCGAGACCGAUCCAAGUGCAUGUCCCGCAGGAGGACCAGCGGCAUGGGCCUUCGGAUCUCAAGGACGGGCUCCUCCGGUCACCCAAGGGCUCUGAGUCCGUAUCUCCCUCGCCGCCAAUACCGGGCAAGGACGAGGGCAACGCAACGCAAACCGAUCACGAUACCCUGCCUCCCGAAUCUCGGCCUCGACCUCCUCCUCUCCCGCUUUCUGCAAAGGGUCUGCCCUCGUCCAAGCCGAACACCAAGGGCGAUCACACAUCCCUUGUCUCUCUCCUCCGCGCUCUGUCAUCACGCUUCCCCUCCACGGCACACACCAUCUCCCUUCUCCCCAUCCAGCUUCUCCCUUUCGCCAUGGCCGAAUUCAUCCUUGUGCGCGGCCUCUCACAGCGCGGGUGGAUCCGCGUCUUCGCGAUUGGGUUCGCCCGCGCCUGCACCUCUCCUGCCGCGACCGUGUUCUUCUUCGGCUUCGUCAGUGCCGCAUUCCUGUGUCCUCUGGCCGGGACGAAUAUCGGGGCGACCAUCAUCCUCGUGGAGAUUCUGCGAGAUCCGCAGUUUACGCGCUCCACCACUGUGCAGCGUGACCCGAGGGUCUUGCUCGGUGCCAUAUACAGCGUGGCCAUGGGGAGCAACAUUGGGGCGUUCAGCUACACGUUCGCCGGGUCUCUGGCGGGACUGCUUUGGCGGGGUCUGCUGGCGCACAAGGGCGUGCGGGUGAGUCAGUGGAAGUUCGCCCGGGUCAACAUGCUGCCGCUGCUGAUGCAGAUUGCGGUGUCCAGCGCCAUUGUGCUGGGCGAGGUAUACUGGUUUGCUUGA